UUACUUUAUUAAGAGAUUGAGAAAAGAAAACAAAGGAAAGGCAGCGGAGUUAAAGGACCUGGACCGCGAUAUGGCCUGCAAUGUGAACUACUACAAUGUGGCCUCUGGCUCCUCCUCCUCAACAUCCUUACUCUCUUCGUCGACAAGCGAGUCAAAUGUGAACCUAAACUACUUGCCCGAUGAAAUUUUAGAGUUCAUAUUUACCUAUUUGCCACCUUACGGGGAUCUGGAGCACUGCAGCUUGGUGUGCAAACGAUGGCAGGCUAUAGUCAAGAAUCUUGUGCGUCGUGCGAAGUUGAACCUGGAGAAGGGUCUGUCUGACUUUCGUCUGCGUUGGGAGAUCUUCAACCAACAACCGUCGUCGUCUGGCUCGGCAACAGGAGGAUCCAUUAUAGCAGGCAGAUUUGCCCAUUCGGCAGUGCGUCAGGGCAACUCAAUGUAUGUCUUUGGAGGCGGCUCAUCAUCGGACACUACCUUCAAUGAUCUGUGGCGUUUUGACUUGACGCAUAUGCGCUGGGCGAGACCAGUGGCCACCGGGACCUACCCAUCGCCCAAGGGCAGCGCCUCAAUGGUUGCAUGGCGGGAUCAGUUGGUUUUGUUUGGCGGCUGGCGUUAUCCCUCGCUGCAUCCACCCUAUCAGCCAUGGUGUCUAUUUGAUGAGUUGCACUUUUACGAUUUGGGCAAGAAUCGUUGGCUUCUACGAAGCUCUUUGUCGUGCCCACCACCCAUGGCUGGUCAUUCGGCCACCGUCCACGGAGAUCGUAUGGUUGUGUUUGGUGGCUAUCAGAUUAAGGACGAUGUGAAUGUUAAUUCCAAUGACACUUGGGUAUUGGAUCUCAACGAGCAGAGAUGGUAUCAACCGCUUUUUGUUGGCAAUACCCGUCCAAGUCCCAGAUAUGGCCAAAUCCAGAUUGAACUGGACAAGAAUCAUCUGAUAGUGGUUGGCGGUUGCGGAGGAGCCAAUCGGGUGUACACAGAUGCUUGGCUACUCGACAUGAGCCGAGAUGUUUGGUCAUGGAAAGCCCUGGCUGUGCGAAACAAGAAAUUUGGUGCCGUCCACAUGUGGUGUAAUCCUGGUUGCAAGGUCAAUAACUUUCUAGUAGUGGUGGGACCAUCCCCCACAAUGCCUCAGGACUUUCAAAUGAUGAAGCAUCAUCGUGUGCCCAUGGCUGGUGGCCGUGGACCGCCACCAAAUCAAAAUCAUCCUCUGCAAAAUCAACUGCGAAUUCCAGAUAGGAGAGCAGCUGAUGGCCAAAUUGGUGGCUUGGCUCCUCUACGCUUAGGCGGAGCAGCAGCAGCACCUGGUGGUGCCCGUGCUGGUGGCAAUCUGGCUCCCGGGGAACAGUAUUUGGCCAAUAGACGAGUCAUUCUAAAUCAGAAUAUGCAACAGGCCCAACAAUUUAUGCAUAACAACAAUGUGAAUAAUAAUAACAACAAUAAUAUCAACUAUCAGCCCCGUUCUGGACGCCUAAUUGAUUUGCAUGCGCCCACACUCCCGCGGCCACUAAAUCCAGCUCCACCAGCGGCAAUCCCUCCCGCUCCUGUUCCGGCUGAUGGCGAUGUAGAUGCAGCACAACGUCUGCAACGUAAUCUAGCUCUUCGCUGUCGUGACAAUGAACCAAGAUUACCCAAACGCUUUGAUGAACUCUAUGAAGAUCCCUUCCGCAUGGCUGCUUUCAACGUGCACACAAGAUCUCGCAGUGCCUCACGCGAUCACAGCGAACGCAUUCGUCGCAUGGAGGAGAAAAUGAAUGCCAUACGCAACUCACGACGAAGUGCUCCUGCCAUUGCUGCUGCUGUUGCGGCAGCACCUGCCGCCGAACCUCAAGCAGUUGCUGCUUUACGUGCUCCAUCGCCAAAGCGUUUGCGUUGCAAUGUUCAAUCUCUGUUCGUUUGUGACAUUUCGAAAAUUCUACAGAGCAACGACACUGAUCCUGGUCUAGAUUGGGUGGAAUAUCGGAACUUUGGUGUGCUCAACGGUGCACCCGAUCGUCUAAUACUCUCCAGUCUUAUAGCCGGCAAUGGAGAGUUGAUUCUGUUUGGUGGUGUCCACAAAGAGACCCUUACAGAUAUAACACACCAUGUGUCCAAUUCCAUACACUUUCUAAGUGUGCCACGUGAUAUUAUCUAAGCUCUAUCCUCGUCUCCUCCAGUGUGCUCUAAAUGCUAAGUUAUCUACCUAAUGACGAACAAUGGGGCGGCAGAAAAGUAAAAUUAUUGUAAUUUAUAAUUAAAAACUGUUUAAAUUAA